ACGUCACAGUGCCUCCUUGUCCAAUGGGGACGCUUGGGCCGAUGGCAUUAUAAAUAAGGGCUGCGAGAGGGAGCCGCGGCUUCAUUCCGGACGGGGGCGGGGCUUUGCUGAGAGCGCCGGAGCGGCUGCCGUCGCAGGCUGUGCACCAUGACUCUGGAGGCCGACUUCAACACUGUGGCAGAAAAAGUAAAAAAAUUAAAGGCCAAACCAACUGAUGAUGAACUAAAAGAACUGUAUGGACUCUACAAGCAGUCAACUGUGGGAAAUAUUAAUAUUGAGUGUCCUGGGAUGUUGGAUUUGAAAGGCAAAGCAAAAUGGGAAGCAUGGAACCUUAAGAAAGGUAUGUCAAAAGAAGAUGCCAUGAAGGCUUACAUUUCUAAAGCAAAUGAGAUGAUACAGAAAUAUGGACUGUAGAUUUUCUUUGGACAAUUAGUUCAAAGGCAAGGGCACUACUCAUUUUCAGACUGAUGUGAACAUCAUUAUUUGCAAUAAAAACAUUUUCCCCCUUAGGACAUGGCUUGUUUGGAUCCUCUUUAAACUGGUAAUAUUCAUGGUUUGGGCCACUUAAAUAUUCACAUCAAUCUUCUCAUUGCCCAUGCCAAUAUAAAAGUUUGCACUCAUGCGGUAGAAAAACAAUAAUUCAACAAUGUUAGGCUAUUAUAAUACAUCUGGAUAGUUUUACUUACAGGAAAUACUGGUACCACUUCUGUUCCGACUAGUGACACCAGGGAUUGGGAACCCGUGUCUCUCCAGAUGUUGCUUAGUGCAACUCCCAUCAGCCCUGCCAGUGCUGGCUGUGGUAGGAGCUGUCUUGCACUGAUGGACUGUUUCAGAUAAGAUUGAAACCAUGCCUCUAAUUUAGAAACUACGCCAUUGCCACAUGGCAUAAGGUUUUGAAAUCGUGUAUUUACACCUACACACCCAUUGCAAAGAAACACGAAACCACACACAAACUUCUCAAAUAUGAUAACUUGCUUCUGGUUGCAUGCAAUUUCCUUCCCUGAAAAUCAAUUUACCUAUUAGUUAUCCGAAACUCUUCUUUAAAAGAACAAAAUAUUCCAAUGAACAGGCAAAAAUUAAUUAAAAAAUACUGAUUGCAAUCAAAACGUAUUUGCAGAUUAUGACACAGUCCUUAAAAUGUGAAGUGAUCACCUCUGCUUGUGCAGAUUUCAUCACGUCGCCUGACCUCUGUUACAUCUUGAGAUUUAGGAGGAUAUCUUUGAGUUUUGGGGGAAGCAUGUGGAGUCAUACCCAGACAGGCCUCCAUUGGCCUCAUGUACAUGACUGAACAAUGUCUAAUUAGAACAAGGAUCAAUUAAGGCCAAAUGCCUUUAUGCUAUCUCAUUUCGCUGCAGCUUUAGAAUCUUAAGUUUUUGGACAUACAUUUAUUUUGCUGAGGAGGUUGCUAACUAUUGAUUCUGAACAGGUAGCGGUGGGAGGGAACUGGAACACUCUUUGAGUGUUCUGGGUGG